AAAAGAAUAGAGUCAGUAGAGGAGUGUGUGAGUGACAGAGUGUAGAGAGAGAGAGAGAGAGAGAGGGAGUAAAAAACGAAAAGAAAAGGAAAGAAGGUUUAAUGGUUUAAACAGGGCGAUACCCACCAUGAACACUUGUCCCUCACAUCUCCACCUUCACCUUCUUCUUCUUCUUUUGCUUCUUGUGUCUUUUGUAUUCUCUUCUCUUUAGACUGAGAAAGAAAGAGAGGGAAAUCCCAGAUGCUCUGCAAAUGGGGAAGGGUGAGCAAAAUCUGCAUCAGCAGCAGAGUCAUGGGGGUGAAAAUUCUUCGGGACUCAUCUGUCCUGGAUGUUCGAUGGUUUUUAAUAGAAUCGCCAAAGACUUCAGCUUUAGAUGCGUUUUUGUGUUAAUUCUCAGCUUAUCAAUUUUUCUCUCUGGGAUCUUCUGGAUCCUUCCUUACCGUUCAACCAAGUCUGGGUUUGAUGCCAAAGAGGCAAUUAAGCUCAGUGCCACAGUUCAGGCAUACUUUAGACUGGAAAAGCCAGUUAUGGACCUUGUUCCACACAUCAGAAGAUUAGAAUAUGAUAUCAAUGGGGAAAUAGGUGUCCCAGGUACAAAGGUGGCUAUUUUGUCCAUGCACCAAAAUGAUGCAUAUAACUGGACUAAUGUGGUUUUUGGGGUUCUUUCUGAUCCAAUAAAUGCUCCAAUGAUUCCAGUGUCCUUAAGUGUACUGAGGUCAUCUUUAGUUGAGCUGUUCCUUAAGCAAACCAAUCUUACGGUGACAACAUCAAUUUUCGGGCAGCCAUCUAUGUUUGAGAUUCUGAAGUUUCCGGCUGGAAUCACUGUGAUUCCUGGGCAAUCUGCUUCGAUCUGGCAGAUACCCCAGAUCCUAUUUAAUUUUACUCUCAAUAAUUCUACAUCAGACAUAGUGGAAAACUUUGUUCAGUUAAAGGAGCAGUUGAGGUUUGGAUUGCAUCUAAGGUCUUAUGAGAAUGUAUUUUUGCAAAUUACAAACAAAUUGGGUUCAACUACAGAUGCCCCAGUUGUAGUUCAAGCAUCUCUCAUGUCUGAGUUUGGGGGCAUUGUGCCACAGAGAUUGAAGCAGUUGGCUCAAACAAUCACUGGUUCUCCAGCAAAAAAUCUUGGCCUUGAUAACUCAGUAUUUGGUAAAGUUAAAAGUAUCAGUUUAUCUUCUUAUCUUAAGGGUACACUUGCUGCAACCCCUCCUACUCCUUCUCCUGCUCCAUCUCCAGAGCCAACAAUUUCUCCAUAUCCUGCUUCUCCAGUUCACUCUCCAGCACCCUCACCUGACAGUAAUCAUCUCCCACCAGCACCAUCCAAGGUACCUCCACAUCCUCGUCCAUGUCCAUACCACAGUUCUGGAAUUCCUCCAAGCUCCUCACCAACUUCUCAUCCUAACCCUACUGUUCCUCCUACUUAUGCACCUAAUGGUUCCCCUUACUCGCCUUCUAUGAGUCCCUCAUCUCAAUUGUCCCCACAUGUGUCACCUGCACCUGUUGUGUCCAAUGCUCCCAGUCCAGGAAACAAGGGAAGUGCACAAGACUUGAUUUCUCCAUCACCUUCCCCAUCAUUGUCAUCUUCAGCAGUAGGACCUUUCUACAAGGGGAUCCGUUUCUUGGAAUUUUCAGGACUCUUGAUCUUUUAUCUCCUCUGUUGGUUACGUUGAUGGUUCGUUUUCUCUAUGCAAAGGAGAAUUUGCAAGGCAUACAAAAACACCACAGCACAAUGAUGUGCCAUGCUCAGUUUUGUUUUGGCGAGGAUGGUAGAGUGCCCAUGUGAAAAGUUUGACACAACAGGUUCCUUAUGCAACAACACAUAUAAAAGUGAAUCAGGAGAUGAUUGCAGGUCAAAGCCAAAAAGGUGGCAGGCCUCUCAUCUCUCUUUUACAUUUGUGAUGUCGCAACUACUGGACGGUCAUUCCUAAAGGAAAACCUCCUAGAGAUAGUGUGACCAGUUGAAGAAUACUUAGCUUGCAGAAUUUUCAAAAAGAACCUUGUCUUUCUUGAAAUCAAUUGUAAAAUAUGCAGGCUCUUUUUGAGCAUUUGCAAUGCAAGGCAAAGUAAAAAUUGAUACACAAUUUGUAUAGGUUAGUAUCAUAUACUUGUGAAGGGGCGGUGACAACAUCUUUAUAUGAAAAAAAAAAUCUUGG